AUGUAUAGUAAGAAAUAAAAAGCGAAUAGUUAAAUUGUUAACUCUUUAGAAUCACAAGACUACAAUAGGAUAUAUAGUUUUUUGCUUGAAAUAAGUUUCGUUAACAAACCUUUAACUAUAGCUGAACGGUCAUAGCUUUUUACAGGCAUUCUUGAGGUUCUUGAUUGGGCAUAUCAAAAAAAAAUUACGUAAUAAGAACUUCAAAUAUUGUAUUCAGAAUGGCAAAAAAGCAAAAAUAUUUUAGUGGAGAAUUAAUAAGAGUAAUAUAUUGAUUUACUUGCUUCAGUAGAUCAAUGCCAUCUUUAUUUUUUAUAAAACUUUAGAAACCCAGAGGAAAUAUCAAAUAGGAUACAAUUUUAUUUAGAUAAAUUAAAUAAUCUAUAUAAUUAAAGUCUACUUGACGCUUGUCUUGCUACUAAACAAUAAAUCAUUGCUAUUGAAGACUUAUAUUUGAAAUUUGAUGAUUAGGGAUAUGGAUUUAUAUAUCCAUAUUAAAUGAGAAUUCUUUAUUAAGUUUUAGGACCUCUUUUUAUCAAUAGCCAUCAUAGUAAUUAGUAAUUUGCUAGCAAUAAUAAGUAUUAAAGUGAAGAGAUAUCAUCUAAAAUAUUUAAAGAAAACAAUAUCAAGAGCUGUGGUUAAAAUUAAUAAGAUAAUUAAAAAUUCUAAUAUUUUUUAAAAUAGUUUUGCACUUAUGACUAUAAAUUUCCGUUAAAGUCUUAUAAGAAUAUGAUGGUUAACUCGUUUCUAAACAACGAUUAAAUAAAUUAAACUAUAGAAUCAUUAAAUUAGUUAUUAGAAAAGAUUCAGACUGUAUGUAUAUCUUAAUAAAACUCGCAUGAUAGCUAAAUAAAAAUUGAAACAUUUAAUUUGAUAGACCCAAUUUUUUAUAACUUGCUUGACUAAAGUAUGGACUUUACUUAAAAAAGAAGUAUCUAUCAUUCUACAACUGAAUUAGUUAGUAUGAUUUAUGAAAAUGACUAUGUUUAUAAAAGAGAUUGUAUAGAUGAUAAUUAAGCUUUAUUUUUCAAGGCAUUUAUAAAAAAAUUUAUGAGAGUUUAUUAAUUUUGUAUUGGAGUCGAAAAAGAUGAUGUCAACUAAGAAUACAUAUCAACCAAUUCUAAUUUAAGCAACAAAGAGUUUUCUUAAGUAUAUAAAAAAAAUCCAAAAUACUAAAACUUAAAUAUAAUGAGUUAAAAAUAUGAAAAUCCUCCAGAGAUUUAAAAGACUUUCACUUUUAACUAAACAAAAAAUCACCAAAGCCUAGAAAACCUUAAUGAAGAUUAGCAUAAAAGCUAACCAUAUUUAUAAAAAAAAUAUGUUUUUGAUUUUAAAUUUGAUGAAAAUUUAUUGCUAAACUAAUCUCCUCCAUAAACUAUUAAAAACAGCCAGUUGAACAAAUCACUUAAACUUUAACAAAAACCUACUUCAACAGUUAAAAAGUAAAUAUAGAAUAGGCAUAAGACUCAUUAAGAAACAAUAAAACAUAUAACAACUUUAGAUCUUUCUCAUCUAAAAUCUAAAUUAAUUAAUGAUGAAUUGUCCCCAAAUAAUAAAAACUAGCAAUAAUUAUCUCUUAAUAAAUCAACUCCUAAAAUAAACUCUAAAAGUAAAACAUAAAUAAAAUCUAAUUCAAAAUCUCCAAUGUAAAAUCAAAAUAAGUUAGGCACAACAUCUUUUUACAAACUUUAAGAAUUCAGUGAUUAGUUUGUAAAUACGUCUCUAAUCAAUAAAAAUGAUUAAUUCUAAAACAAAGAAAACUUAAAUAAAAAUUCUUAUAGGCAUUUAUAAAAAGAUUUAUCAAAUCUAUCUCUCAACAUUAAAUCUUCUAAAAGAUCAUCAUAAACUCCAGUUAAAACUUCUAACAUACCAUCAUCUGUUAAGGCUCUAAACUUCUAAAAAGAAUAAUCAAAAAGCCCUUAAGUCGUAAGAACUCAUCAAUAAAUAUUAAAAACAAAAAGAAUUGAAUCCUAUGAAAAAGUUAUGGAAAACUUGAGUAAUAUUUAAUGUUUAACACCUAAUAGUUUAACCCCAAGAAAGCAAACAAAACCAUUUAAUUGA